CACGGGGACCCUUAGUGCACGUGAUGAUCAGCUGACGGAAGCCGGAAGCUUUCAGAAAGCAGACAACCAUAACAAAAAGUCUUCAUACACUAAACUUGAAGUUUGCAGUUAUUUAUUGUUGAUAAUGGAGUCGACCCUCGAACAGCAUCUUGAUGACACCAUGAAAAAUCCAGCAAUUGUCGGUGUGCUCUGCACGGAUGAGCAAGGACACAACCUGGGCUGCCGUGGCUCCCUGUCUGAUGAACAUGGCGGUGUUGUGUCAGUUUUGUCCAAACAAGCUGCAGCUCUCACCAAAGACCCAACAGACUCUGCGACUGUGUGCCUGGAAUCUGAGUCAGGGAACAUUCUGGUGAGGAGUCAUGGGACCAUCACAGUGGCAGUUCACAAGAUAGCAUCUUGAAGACCACACGACUCACUGGGGAGUUUUAUUGUGAAGAAAUGUACAUGCGAACACACACGAUUAUAAUCACUCAAUUUGAAUGAACUUAUGUUUGCAAACAAAAUCUGGAAUUUCUAUUUAUGUUGUGUUUCAUCCCACAUUUAAACAUGCUUGCUAACUUUCUAAUACCUAAAGUGUGGUGAUUAUUAUUAUUUAUACACAUACCAAUCUGUAAGUAAUGCUAUUUUAUUGCCAUGUAAUGAUUAGGCCCUGAAUCAUGUUAUGUCCAGCCACAUUAAUUCUUUUGUGUGUCUUUUGUUCACAUCUAUAUCCUUCAAUCCAAUCCAACAGAAUACUCUAAAUAAAAUUUAACUUGAC